AUGAGUGAACCACUUAAACGUGUUGCCAUUGUAGGCAGUGGCAAUUGGGGUUCAACAAUAGCUAAAAUAGUUGGAACUAAUAUACUUAAAUUUAAUACAUUUGAAAAUGAAAUUCGAAUGUAUGUUUAUGAAGAAAUAAUUAAUGGUCGAAAACUUACAGAAAUUAUUAAUCAAGAACAUGAAAAUACCAAGUAUUUACCUGGUCAUAAAUUUCCACCUAAUGUUGUAGCUUAUCCCGAUGUUGUUGAAGCUGUAAAAGAUGCUGAUAUAUUAUUAUUUAUAAUACCACAUCAAUUUGUUGAACGAAUAUGCAAUGAAAUUAAAUCGCAUGUUCAAAAAACUGCUUUUGCUGUAUCUUUUUCCAAAGGUUUUUAUGUUAGUAAAGAUAAACAUGUUGAACUUCUUUCAACUGUAAUUAGUCGUUUACUUGAAGUACCUUGUUAUGUAUUAAUGGGAGCUAAUAUAGCAAGUGAAGUUGCAGCAGGAACAUUUUGUGAAGCAACAGUUGGUUCACGAAAUUAUGAACAUGGACAAAUAAUUAAAAGUCUUAUUCAAACAAAUGAAUUUCGUAUUGUUAUUAAAUCAGAUAUAGAAGUUAUUGAAGUUCUUGGUGCAUUGAAAAAUAUUGUUGCAGUUGCUGCUGGUUUUUCUGAUGGAUUAGGUUAUGGUGAUAAUACAAAAGCUGCUGUUAUUCGUCUUGGAUUAAAAGAAAUGGUAAAAUUUUGUGAAGAAUUUUUUCCUGGACAUCAUCCACACAUAUUUUUAGAAUCAUGUGGUGUUGCUGAUCUUGUAACAACAUGUUAUGGUGGUCGUAAUCGUAAAGUAGCUGCUGCAUUUGUUAAAACAGGAAAAGAUAUUAGAACACUUGAAGAAGAAAUGCUUAAUGGACAAAAAUUACAAGGACCUGAUGCAGCAGCUGAAGUACAAGAAUGGCUUAAACAAAAAGGACAAGCAAAUAAAUUUCCACUAUUUAUGACUGUACAUGAAAUAUGUGAACGACGUCUUGAACCAAAUGCUUUGAUUGAUGCUCUUCGUUAUCAUCCAGAAUUUUGGUAA